AUGCCUUGGUUACGCCCUAACCGGCGUCAACGAAUUGACCAGGAGCUACCUGAUGCUAUCAACGAGUGGCGCAAUCAGCUGGAAGAAGCGGACUUAUCAGAACAAGAAGCAGCGGAGUUUGUGAACGGGUUUGAGGCCGGCAUACCUGCUGCAGAAGCUGCCGUUGCCAACAGUCCCGGUGGAUCUUCCGCUUCAUUGGCUGGCGGCACUGUUGGGGGGUUCCAGACUCAAAUUAUUCAAUCAGCUGCCAAUUUGGCAACUUUUGGACUGGGCCCCGACGUGAUGAUCCAGACCUUAAUUAAUGCAGGUGUUCCCGCCAGUGAAGCUCCGCGCACCUUUCAGGAGAUCCAACGCGCUAUGGAUGAAGUACCGGAAUUUGGUCCCGGGCGGCCGGCCUACCACGCUGCUCUCGGCGUCAUCUCAAACAAUGUUGUUUACGAAGGCGCGCAUGUUGCCGAGGCAGUGCAAGCCACCCUCAGGGGAGAAAGUGUGCCGUCGCUUCAUUCGAGGCUCAGCUCUGCUGGCGUUCCUGACGAUGCGUUGGACGGAACGGUGUCGGCAAUGGACGACGCUAUACAAGCCGCUCAGGCUUCUGGAUCUGACGUGUUCAACGCCGGGCUCGACGUGAUCAGAGACGCUGCCUCGCCAGUUUCCCCUUAUACCGAGUCUGGAAGCCUGGCUGGUCUUAAUGUCGUCGGAGCCACGUACACCUUCUGGUACGUGUUUCCCAAGCUCUUGUGGGGUGUCAUGACCAAGUUGGAGGACAAGUCUCAUUCGAAGAGACUGGAAGAGGCUCUUGCCCUCGGCCCGCCACCAGAACCGGUGCCCUGGAUAAACAUCACUUUUCCGUAUGAGCGUUCAUCUGCCCUGCCUGCGCCAGUCCCCUGGCCUCCAUCGCCAACGACCAGGACCUCCUCACCACCGACCAGGACCUCCUCACCACCGACCAUGACCUCCUCACCACCGACCAUGACCUCAUCACCACCGACCAGGACCACUUCGUCCACGCUCACGACUCCAUCAUCUACGCCCACAACUCCAUCGUCAACAUCAGCAACCCCGUCACCAACCAAGGACCCGGAACCGGCGCCACCCCUGGAAGAUUGUUCGGCGACGACUACGUCGCUGACUACCCAGUACUUCGUCAUGGCGGAACUCUACCAUGGAUUAAGCGACUCCUUCAGACAUCACCUGGACUUUAUUGCCGAUCCUACUGAAAAGUGGAUCACUUAUUACGACAAAGUGAUCGCAUGGUUCGCCGGCAUGCAAGCCAAUCGUCGGUACAAGCCGGACGGAUUUACUGAGGAAUAUAUAGCCUUCUUGAGAAUCAACCGCGAUCACAUCGCCAAAUCGAAGGAGAUUGUCGAGCAUUCGUCCAUUGUGUUUCAAUCCUUAGUGUGCUUCGAGCAGUCAGAGGACACAGAGGUUGAGGACGCUUGUGUGGAAGACUUGAGAUCACAUCCUGAUAAGCUCGAAAAAGCGCGCAUUGAGGUUCGAGAUGAGAUGUGCAAGGUCAGAGAGGCUCUGGAAAAUGGUGAGGCUCCCGGCGAGGUAUCGCCGGAUGAAUUGCGGGAGUUGGAGAGGAUUUUGACAGAGUUGCUGAAGAUCAAGGCGACCUCAGAGAUCGCAGACUUCAAUUAG